AUGUCUUCGGAUGGAAUUGGUGGUGAUCCUUGUAAACGGAUUUCGGUUUCGAAAAUGUUGAGGUUACGGAUCGUCGUCUUGUUUGUUUUGAGUCUCAAUGUUGAUUCUAACAUUGAACUUGAAGAUGACCCAAUUCCCGUUGAAGAAACUCCUCUUGUUGACAAGAGGAAAUCUAAGAAACCCAUAGCGCUGACGUCUCCGUUUAUGGAGUAUGACUCUUCCAUUUCUAGUUCUAAAGAUGGUUCUGGUUAUGGAGUUGUUAAGUAUGUGGCUGGGUUGUGUCCUCUCGAUGAUAAGAUUGGUGAAGAUGUAGAACAUAAAGACGAGAUUGAUUUUGACUUGUGGCUUGGUGAAGGACGCCGAUCGAAGAAAGAUCCGCAUGAUAAGGAGAAGGUUUACUUGAAGGGUAAGGAUAAGAUUGUUCCCCCUUUUCGUUUUGGCGUGGAAGAUGUUGCAACCAAGAUGUGGUUCCACAAGCUUGCAUAUCCUGGCCAAUGUUUGACUAAUUCUGUAAGUUAAUUUAUUUUUUCUUU